AUGUCGCAAAGUAUUGGAAAAAAUUGUAAUGAGCUCAAAGAAAAAUACGAUGCUUGUUUCAAUUGGUGGUACUCUGAAAAUUUUCUUAAAGGGAAUCCAAAUCCUGAUUGUAAUGAGCUUUUUCAACAAUAUAAAGAAUGUGUUAAGAAUGCAGUAAAAAAUAAACAGAUAGAUAAGAUAUUAGGGGAGGCUCGUAAAGACGAUCCACUUGCAUCAUUAAUGACAGAAAAUUAA